AUGCAGUGGUUACCAUACGGUAACCCGAUUGACGACUGCUGGAUGGGUGGUAACUGGAACAGUAACAUCAAGAAGCUCGCAAAUUGCGUGGAGGGGUACGCGUCGGGGACAACUGGCGGAAAGGCAGGGCAAAUCUACCAUGUGACUAGAGCGGAUGAUAACCGCAUGAACCCGAGUCCCGGCACCCUUCGAUAUGGUAUCACCAGGGCUGAGCCGCUGUGGAUCGUUUUCGAUGACGAUUUCACGUUCACCGGCCUGAGUGCGGAAAUGAUUAUCUACAAGGAUAAGACAAUCGACGCAAGGGGGAAGAAAAUCGUGGUGGGCAACGGUCCCUGCUUUGCAGUUGAAGAAUCAUCGAAUGUGAUUAUUCACGGAAUUUCUUUCGUGAACUGCAAGAACCGGCAGGGCAACCUUAAAAUUGCAACUGGACCUGGCAAUACCGUGGAUGGCCGUGACUACUUGAACGGAUAUGGAGUGUACAUCUACAAGUCGCACCACGUGUGGAUUGACCACUGCUCUUUCAAUUACGCUGAUGACACCCAUAUCGACAUUAUCGAGGGCAGUACCGCCGUCACUGUUUCGAAUUCCUACUUCACCAACCAGGAUAAGGUGAUUUUGAUGGGCCACAAUGAUGCCAACUCCAUGGACAGGAAUAUGCGCGUCACCGUCAUGCUGAACAAGUUCGGCCCGAACCUGGACGAGCGCAUGCCACGUGGCAGGUUUGGCACGUUCCACGUGGUGAACAACUACUAUCCCAACGGCUGGGGAAUCUACGCCAUUGGUGGGAGCGCUGACCCAACGUUUCUGAGUGAAGGAAAUUAUUUCGUAGCCACUGGCGGCAAAACUGAGGUGACGAAGCACGACAUUGCAGCAAGUAAGAGCACGUGGAGUGGGUGGGACUGGCAGUCAGUGGGCGAUUACUUCGCGGGUGGGGCAUUCUUCACAGAAUCUGGAAGGUCUGGCUACAGGCCACCGUAUUCAUAUCGGGCCAUCAAGGCUAUAGAGGUGCCUCGUGCAACAAACCGUGCAGGGCCAAUUGGGUUCUGA